ACCUAAAUUUCAAGACUAUGGAUGAAAGUCUGAGGAAACAUUUAACUGAACACAUGAAAAAGGGAAGCAUUUUGAGUGUCAAGGUGAAGAAGCAUUUGAAAAAUGGGAAAAAUGUUUCUAUGGGGUUUGGAUUUGUUGAGUUUGACUCCCCUGAAACUGCUACAAAUGUUUGUAAAGAUUUACAGGGGCCAGUUUUGGACAGCCAUGCUCUUAUUUUACAACCUUGUAAUGUCAAGAAUGAUGGGCAAAAACAAAUGACAAUUGAGAAGGAUAGGAGUUUAACAAAAUUGCUCAUAAAAAAAUGUUGCUUUUGAGGCAACAGAGAUGGACCUGAGACAAAGCACUU